AUGAAGGGACCUCUGCCCGCCGGACAUGCGCUGCUUGCGGCGAUGUUCCUCGCCACCUUUGUCACGGCACGAUCCCCGGAUACUCUCUUCGAACGAGACUCGACUUGCCCGGAUACAUCUCAAAGCCAGUGUGCUCAACCAGGUCUACCCGACAAUUUUUGUUGCCCGUCUACCGCAACAUGCAUACCACUUGCUGGAAAUACGACCGUCCUCUGCUGUCCGAGUGGCAACAACUGCAAUAUCAUCAAACCUAUCAUUUGCGAUGUCAGCGCGCAGAACGUCACUCUCAAUAAUGCUAAUACGCUGAAAACGACCGCCCUGACGAUCCCAUUACCAACUUGCGGCGGGCAAUGUUGUCCUUUUGGUUACAGCUGCAACUCUGACAAAAAUUGCGUUAUGAAUCAAGAUCAACAAGAUGCACCAAGCUCUGCAAGAUCUUCGUCAAGCUCUUCACCCAGCUCUGCAACAUCAGCUCCGGCUACAUCAAGAAACCCUUCACCAAGCUCAACCACAACCUCUUCGUCUUCUACCAAUACACCAGUUGUCAUCACACCCAGCUGUGACAAAUUUCCAGUUACAGCUGUGCUCGCAGGCUUCUUCCCAGGUCUGGCAGCAGGGAUACUGCUUUCAAUAGCUGGGGUCUGCAUACUGGGCUCUCGCCGUAGAAAAGCAGCUAGAAGACGUAGCGGCUCUUCGUUUGGCAACAUCUCCGAACCUCAAGCUAGUAGCGACAUGAGAACGGAUUUUCUGCGAAAGCCACCCCAGACACCAUCCACAAUAGUAGCAAGCACGCCUGAACGGCGGUAUACGGUACAGCGGGUGAAAUCCUUGUUCAGAAAGACACCGAGCUCCCCAGGACAAAGCCCGCGACUUGCCCCGCCUCCACCUUUAAACGUGCAGAGGCCCAUGGCACAAAACAACAGAGCAGUGACUCCGCCUUUGCAGCGAGAGCCGAGCUAUGAAGACAUUAAUAUAUUCGCAGAUGGAGAUACAGCCAGCGCGCUGAGGGAGCGUGAGCGUGGUAACGGACGCGCGAACGCGGGUGGCUUGGCUCCUCCGGGGGCAGUCAAUAUGAGGGGCAGCCAUCAGACGACAUUUUCCGAUAUGAUGGAGAGAUCUGGGCUUGCUGGACUACAGAAAGGUCAACCAUACGUGUACAAGCGAGAGUCGCCUGGUUUCACUCCACCCAGAUAA